AUGGCAGUAGAAGUUGGCACAGUUGGUACCGUCCCAAUCGUCUCCAAAGACCGUAUCGAGGCCGGUUCAAUCAAUAUCCCCAUUGGCAAGCUCCCCACAUCGGUCUACUGUGAGGACACGCAAACCACUCGUUCUGCAGGCGAUAUCGCAUCCCGCGUUAUCGAUGAUCUGAACAGCGCCCUUGCAGCAAAGAACCCCCAAUCUGUGGCAAGCCUCUUUGUAGACAAUGGUUAUUGGCGUGACCAUCUGGGCCUGUCCUGGGACUUUCGCACCUUGAAUAGCCGGCAGAAAAUCGCAGAUUUCUUAGCUGGUGGUAUACGACUCGAAAAAGUCGAAAUCGACAAUUCCAGUCCCUUUAGAGCCCCGCAUUUUGGCCCAAUAGAUGGCGGCAUUGGCGAGGUCAAGGGUGUCGAGUUCUUCAUUAACUUCACGAGUGAUGUUGGAUCGGGGUUUGGUGUUGCCCGGUUGGCAGAGGUUACGAAAGACCAAUGGGAAAUUUUCACGUUUUAUACUGCGUUGCAGAACCUAAAUGGCCACGAGGAACGACUGAGACAUCAGCGACCAAGGGGCGUGGACCAUGGAGGCGACCCUACGCGUAAGAACUGGCAGGAAAGAAGGGCCGCUGAGAGCAACUUUGACGGCAAGGAGCCGCAGGUGCUAAUAAUCGGUGCUGGUCAAGGCGGUCUUAUCGCAGCUGCUCGUUUGAAAAUGCUUGGGGUGGAAACAUUGGUAAUUGACCGCGAGGAUAGAAUUGGGGACAACUGGCGGCGAAGGUACCGUCAAUUAGUCUUGCAUGACCCCGUCUGGCUUGAUCAUUUACCCUACAUCCCGUUCCCACCGACAUGGCCAAUCUUCACGCCAAAAGACAAGUUGGCGGACUUUUUCGAAUCUUACGCUAGUUUGUUAGAAUUGAAUGUUUGGACCAAAACAAAUUUGGUCUCUUCAUCCUGGGACGAUGAUAAGAACCAGUGGACGGUCACUUUAGAGAGACAGCAACACGAUGGAAGCAAGGAGUCUCGCACGUUUCACCCCCACCAUGUAAUUCUUGCUACAGGACAUUCUGGAAAGAAGAAUUUCCCCUCUUUCAAAGGCGCAGAUGCAUUCCAGGGCGACCUUUUAUGUCAUAGCUCCGACUUCCCUGGCGCCAACCCAGCCUCCAAAGGGAAAAACGCCGUUGUUGUCGGCUGCUGCAAUUCCGGACAUGACAUAGCCCAAGACUUCUAUGAAAAAGGCUACAAUGUGACCAUGGUUCAAAGAAGCUCCACGCUUGUGAUAUCCUCUAAUGCCCUUGUGGAAGUCGGUCUGAAGGGUCUCUAUGAAGAAGAUGGUCCACCGACUGAAGACGCCGAUGCGUGGCUGAUAAGCUUGCCUAGCGAGAUAUUAAAGGGCCAACAAAUUAAAGUCACAAAAGCGCAGAACCAAUUCGACAAAAACACCUUGGAGGGCCUGAAAAAGGCCGGUUUCCAAGUUGAUAUGGGUCCUCAAGACGCCGGGCUCUUUCUCAAAUAUUUUCAGCGAGGUGGGGGAUACUACAUCGACGUUGGCGCCAGCCAGCUCAUUGUCGACGGCAAAAUCAAAAUAAAACAGGGCCAGGAGAUCUCACAGGUCCUUGCAAAUAGCAUUGAAUUUGCCGACGGCUCCACCUUACCAGCGGAUGAGAUUGUCUUUGCGACGGGAUAUCAAAAUAUGCAUACAGAGGCAAGAGCCAUUCUCGGUGACGCUCUAGCAGACCGUGUUGGCAGCGUCUGGGGGUUUGACAAGGAAGGCGAAUUUAGGUCUAUGUGGAGGCCAAGUGGACAUCCAGCAUUCUGGUAUAUGGGUGGCAAUCUGUUUUUCUGCAGGUAUUACUCGAAGUUCUUAGCACUGCAGAUCAAGGCCAUUGAGGAGGGGAUUAAAAAGGAGGGUUCGAGGUGA